GGCGCCACUAGGCCCCAGAGGGCAGUAGCCGCUCGGAGACAUCCAGGCUUUGAGCUUGUUCCCAGCAGGUCGCGGGCAGCCCGUGCACCCGCAAGCGCUACAGGAGCAAAAGGGGAGGAAUGUGAUGACAGCCAAUCAGGGUGGCCCGUUCCCUCGAGACGUCAUACUCCCCAGCAAGCCCCAGAACCUGCAGUAGCAAUAACAAUAACAGAGCCUGUCAGCUGCUGGCCACUGAUCCGCCCGCCCUGCGUACGUGGCCGCAGUCAGCAGCUGCAGCAGCAGCGGCCCCCGCCAGCCGCGUCGGGACGCGAGAAGCGCAGGCUGAAAAUAGCAGCGCCUGCCCCGAAGAAGCCGGAGACAAUGUCGCAGGGCGAGGGACUCAGCCAACCGGAGGAGAAUUUGCACGGUUCCUGGGUGGAACUGCACUUCAGCAGCAAUGGCAAUGGUAAUAUUGUCCAGCCAACAAGCCAAGAGCAAGUACCAGAUUCUAUUUCUGUUUACAAUGGUGACAUGGAGAAAAUACUCCUAGAUGCCCAGCAUGAAUCUGGAAGAAGCAGUUCAAGAGAAAGCUCGCGCUGUGAUAGCCCUCCUCGUUCUCAGACACCCCAGGACAAUAAUAGAGCUUCUGAAAUGGAGAGUCACAGCAGUGGAGAAAAGAACAGUUCUCAGUCUGAAGAAGAUUUUCUUGAAAGAAGAAAAGAAGUAGAAAGGCUCUUGCAGAAAAAUUCAGAUUGGAUAUGGGAUUGGUCAAGUAGGCCUGAGAACAUCCCACCAAAGGAAUUUCUUUUCAAACACCCUAAGCGUACUGCCUCUCUCAGCAUGAGAAACACAAGCAUGAUGAAGAAAGGGGGCAUAUUCUCAGCAGAAUUUUUAAAGGUUUUUCUUCCAUCUCUGCUUCUCUCUCAUUUGCUUGCUAUAGGUCUAGGGAUUUUUAUUGGAAGACGUCUGACAACCACAACUACAACUAGCACUUUUUAAAGGGAGAAUAAGAUUUGGUCAGGCCGAAAGCAAUGAGAAUUAUCCAUCUGAGAAUACAAAUGGUGAACGGCAGGAAUUUCUUGAGUGAUUGCAAAAUGACCUGUGCUGUUUGUUCUGUAAACAUGUUCCUACUUUAGUAGUAGAUGGGGGAGAAGAGAUACUGAAAUCCAAGCUAUCAUGGAUAAUUUUUAGAUCAAUGUAUAAAGCAUGUUUCAGAUUGAUUAAUAUCUGCUGUAUGCUUGGUAGUGAAAUAUCAUUGAAAAUAAAUAAAACUGUCAGUGUUAAAAUAAA